GUGUCAUUUUAUUUGUCAUUAUCAUCGGAUCGGAUCGCACUGUCAGUGCUUCUACUUUUUGACUUGUUGAUUAUUUUGCGAAAGCGUAAUCCAUUCAAGUGUGUCAAUGCAAAAUGUAUAUAUAUGAGCUACCGUUUGAUAUUAACAAGAAAUUGUGUAGAUUAUUAGACAAUGACGACAUUUGGAAGGACUUGGCUGGCCGUAUGAAUUAUUCCGCCUUCGAUGUAAAUGAAAUCGAGCAAACUGCAAAACGUCAGACCACAUCACCAACUAGCUUACUCCUCAUAAGAUGGGGCCAGUUCAACCACAGAGCGGAGGAGUUACUAGUACUGCUGUACCGGAUGAAACACUUCCCGGCUAUGUCGUGCCUCAUACCGGUUGUGGAUAAGAAGUUCCAGAAGUUAGCGAAUAAACAUGACAUAUGUGGCGCGGGGAAUACUGCGCCAUUAGAAGAAAACUUGAAAAGGCACAAAACAGCAACAAAAAGUGAAAGUAUACCUUUACCUGUGAUGUUAAUAGAAAAUAAAGGCCAAGUUAAGGACGCCCACAUGGUGCCGUUGCCAGCUUCGAACACAAAUGGCCGCACCACGACAACAGAGUCAAGUACCGACGUAUCAAUGGACGCUGGUCCAGUGGAAGACGAGCUGCUGAAGACCACGAUCCCUGUGAUGCAGUACAAGGACCUCGAGCAAGCCACAGGCAACUGGGCUCAAACCAACCUGCUCGGCAAGGGAGGAUUCGGCCAGGUGUACAAAGGCGAAUGGAAACUACUGCCUGUAGCUGUAAAGGUCCUCAGUAGUAAAGACAACCAUAAAGAACUGAUCAGAGAACUCACCAGCGACCAGUUUAGACAUGACAACAUAUUGCCCUUGUAUGGAUACAGUGUUGGAGGUCCAAAAGUGUGUUUAGUGUAUCAACUAAUGACCGGAGGAUCGCUAGACCACAGGCUAAAGUGUGCGACGAACCAUCCUCCCUUGACUUGGUUUCAGCGGUAUAUGAUAGCGCAGGGGGUUGCUAGGGGUCUAUCCUACCUCCACACGAUGUGUCGCCCUCCGUUAAUACACGGGGACAUCAAGCCCGCCAACAUACUUCUAGACCAGUGCACUAUGCCGAAGAUCGGGGACUUUGGACUGGCGAGGCGAGGAACACACGCCGAUCGACCGUUGCUUGUGUCAAAAAUCCACGGCACCCGUCCCUACAUUCCCACCGAAUAUCUUCGUUCACAUUGCAUAUCACCAGCAGUGGACGUAUUUAGCUAUGGAGUGGUGCUUUUCGAAAUGGCCACCGUACAGAAACCUUUAGAUCCUGAUCGACGCAUGGAGUUGCUUAGCGAUUAUAUGCACUCAAAAGCACAGCAACCGGGGUUCGACAUGGCCACAUUAGAAGAUCCAAAGCUCAUCAACACCAAAGAGUCGUUCCCUGUGCUGUGCCGCUCGUUCGUGCAGCUCGGGCUGGCGUGCGCGUGGCGGCGCAGCGCGCGCAGCCCCGCCAUGCCCGGCGUGUACGCCGCGCUGCGCGCCAUGCCCGUGCCCGCGGACUGGCUGUGACAGUCGACACCGACAGCGCGCGCAGCCCCGCCAUGCCCGGCGUGUACGCCGCGCUGCGCGCCAUGCCCGUGCCCGCGGACUGGCUGUGACAGUCGACACCGACAGCGCGCGCAGCCCCGCCAUGCCCGGCGUGUACGCCGCGCUGCGCGCCAUGCCCGUGCCCGCGGACUGGCUGUGACAGUCGACACCGACAGCGCGCGCAGCCCCGCCAUGCCCGGCGUGUACGCCGCGCUGCGCGCCAUGCCCGUGCCCGCGGACUGGCUGUGACAGUCGACACCGACAGCGCGCGCAGCCCCGCCAUGCCCGGCGUGUACGCCGCGCUGCGCGCCAUGCCCGUGCCCGCGGACUGGCUGUGACAGUCGACACCGACAGCGCGCGCAGCCCCGCCAUGCCCGGCGUGUACGCCGCGCUGCGCGCCAUGCCCGUGCCCGCGGACUGGCUGUGACAGUCGACACCGACAGCGCGCGCAGCCCCGCCAUGCCCGGCGUGUACGCCGCGCUGCGCGCCAUGCCCGUGCCCGCGGACUGGCUGUGACAGUCGACACCGACAGCGCGCGCAGCCCCGCCAUGCCCGGCGUGUACGCCGCGCUGCGCGCCAUGCCCGUGCCCGCGGACUGGAUGUGACAGUCGACACCGACACACUUACGUAACUUUGUUUAUAUAAACACACACUCAUAUUGACAUUCAAUUCGAGACCUUGGAAAAUGACUGCUCCUAUCGCUUCUAAAGCGCAUCGGCUUUUAUUACAAAAGGUAUCAAAACCCAAUACUCAUUAA